AUGAAACAAAAAACGAUAAGCACAAUAAGGAGUAAUAUCAUAGAGUCGAAAAACGCUGAUUGGAAGGUUCAGCUGCACACCUCAGAAUCGGCAUUCAACGCCCUUAUUGUUCUUGUGGUUUAUGGUACUACUGGUAACUCCGGACCGAUAAUUAUUGGAACCUCCGAUUGUGAAAAGUGUUUAUUUCGAGCUGGAAAUAUUGACGAUUUUAAAGUCAACCUCGCUGGCAUCGGCCCGAUUUUUAAAAUUCGUUUAGAAGUCAAUCCAUUGAACGAGUCAGAAUUACCUUAUUGGGGAUUAAUUAAGGUUGUUUUUGAAAAUAUGGUUACACAGGAGCAAAUUGCAUUUGAUUUCACAAAUCGACCGUUCAUAGGAAUGUCUAACCACUGUCAGCUAAGCAGGGAGCAAAUAAGGUCAGGAAAUCCACUUGGAGAUCCCUUACCAACAGAGAUCCUAAGCUCGGACGGCCUUGAUCCAAGCGCUGGAUUAGUCCUUUACCGUGUGAAAUUCUAUGCUCGAGCUGUAUUGGAGGCUGAACAGCAAAUUCAUCUUGGGCCAAAGGUCACUCUGUUCGGUCGUUAUGGUGACACUGGCCGGAGAUUGAUUGUUCUCACAGAUCCAUUUGCAAAAAAGCUGGAUGACAACCUAGAGGUGUUCGAAUGUCUUCUUGAAGCAGUUUAUCUGGGAUCUCUUACCCACUGCCUUAUCGGACCCAUCUCAGAAUCUCCGUUAGAGGGUCGAUUUUGUGUUGGAAUAGGAGUUGCUGACCCAAUGACAGGCCAAAUCUACCGAUUCCCAGCAAAUGUAUUGAUUGGGUCCGAUGAUGGGGGACAAAUAAGGGAGGCCACAAUUAAACCCGACUCCAAUUUGGCUCUCUUUGAUGGGCUCAACGUUGUGGGCGAUACGGACGACGAUGAAUACAGCCAAUUACAUGAGUCCGGUGAGUCAAUAAAUGGUUUUAUACGUGGAGUGGUCGACUAA